UCAGUUGAAGAUGCCAAUAACAGCGGUAUGAACUUAUUGGACCAGUCUGUCAUUAAAAAAGUUCCAGUUCCUCCAAAAUCUGUUACUUCUUUGAUGAUGAAUAAAGAUGGCUUCCUGGGUGGAAUUUCAGUCAAUACCGGAGAGGUGUUUUGCUCUGUCCCCGGUCGCUUGUCUUUGCUUAGUUCAACUUCAAAAUAUAAAGUAACUGUGGGAGAAGUUCAAAGACGCCUUUCUCCUCCGGAGUGUCUGAACGCAUCCCUCCUAGGAGGAGUACUUAGAAGAGCCAAAUCGAAAAACGGGGGGAGAUCUUUGCGAGAAAGGCUAGAAAAAAUCGGUUUGAAUUUACCAGCCGGCAGGCGUAAGGCCGCAAAUGUCACUUUACUCACGUCCCUGGUGGAAGGUGAGGCCGUUCAUUUAGCUCGGGAUUUUGGGUAUAUCUGCGAAACGGAGUUCCCAGCCAAAGCUGUGUCGGAGUACCUGAACAGACAGCACACGGACCCCAGCGACCUCCACUCCAGGAAAAACAUGCUGCUGGCUACAAAGCAACUUUGUAAAGAAUUUACAGAUCUCCUGGCCCAGGACAGGACGCCCAUUGGAAACAGCCGGCCCACCCCUAUUUUGGAACCGGGCAUUCAGAGCUGCUUGACUCACUUCAGCCUCAUCACUCACGGCUUUGGGGCCCCCGCUAUCUGCGCUGCCCUCACAGCCCUCCAAAACUACCUGACUGAAGCGCUCAAAGGCAUGGACAAGAUGUUCUUGAACAACAACACUGCUAACAGGCACACAUCUGGCGAAGGACCAGGUAGUAAAACUGGAGACAAGGAAGAGAAACACAGAAAAUGAGAGAGA